AUAUGGCUUAUUAAUUAAUUAAUGUAGCUGCCACAUGUUGUACAGUAGUUUAACAGUCAUGGGACUUCCACUUCUCAGAAAGGAUUCACCUCAUUUGGCUGGAUACCAGUAUAUGUGGAAGACAUCAACUUUCACUCUUUUUCUUCUCAUCUAGUGUCUUUAUGCUACACGAGUCUUUGGCCGUUGCUUAUUACUUCACUGUUCACAAAUGAAUAGAUGGAAAGCCAGCAAAAGGCUCACACAGCGCUCACUUCCUGUCACCAUGAAUCAGGAAAGUCACAAUGUUUAAACAGCCACAUCAUAUAUAAAAUGAACUUUUCAUGUCGAUCAGUCACAAGUUAAAUGGAGUGAAAGUUGGUUCAGAAAUCCCUCACAUGUUCCUCAGCUGCACAAAAGCAUCAACACAAACUUCACAUGACAGCCAGUAGAACUACAUUGAUUUGAUGUUUGUUCCUUUCAGACUCUGUUGAGCGGAGUUUGAGUCACCCAAUAAUUUCAUUUCAUCAAAGUUCAAUUAUUGCUUUAAAAAGAACGUUCUCAAUCUGGCUUGUAGGAGGAGCUGCUGAGCUCGGCUCCUCAUAGGUCCGCAGCUCACACAUAAAAAGCGACGCUCCGCAGCUCGCGCUCACAUUCGUCUUUGUGUUUCCACAGAAGAAGAAAACAAAAUGAGCGGCAGAGGAAAAGGAGGCAAAGGUCUCGGUAAAGGAGGCGCCAAGCGGCACCGUAAAGUUCUCCGCGAUAACAUCCAGGGAAUCACCAAGCCCGCUAUCCGCCGUCUGGCUCGCCGCGGGGGAGUCAAGCGGAUCUCCGGUCUCAUCUACGAGGAGACCCGCGGUGUGCUCAAGGUCUUCCUGGAGAACGUCAUCCGUGACGCCGUCACGUACACCGAGCACGCCAAGAGGAAGACCGUCACCGCCAUGGACGUGGUGUACGCUCUGAAGAGGCAGGGCCGCACUCUGUACGGCUUCGGGGGUUAAACCGACAACUUUGCUCACUCGACCAAACAAAGGCCCUUUUCAGGGCCAAACACUGAUCGGCUCAUGAGCUGAAUUUCUGUCUGAUGCAACCAAAUCUCUCCAUAAGCGACCUAUGAGUGUAAAAAUGUAUCUAUAUUAAUAUUAAUCUGACAAAACAAAGAAUUAUAGCUGCUUGUUCACACAAAAUGUAAAGUUUUGUUUCCACUGAUUUUUCUUACUGAAGGUUUGAUGGUUAAACUGGCAAUACAUGAACUCAUUAGACUAUUCUGCUGUAUCAGUGAAUCCACAGGGAGAUAUUUAAACUAAAAUAUCAAAAGUGAAUUUAAAUGUAAAUGUAUUCUCAUGAAAUGUAGAGGAAGAACUUUACACUGUGUGAUGUAGAGAGACUACAAGUUCAGUCUUAAAGAAAAACAACAGAAUUGUUACAAGUUAGUUUCUUAUGGAAUUUUAAUUUUCAAUUAUAUUUCUUUUGGAAGAACCCUAAAAAAUUCUAUUGAAAGAAUAAAUUAAUCACAUGCAGAUUAA